AUGCUCGAUUAUAUCCCCUCGUCGCGUAUCCAGAACCUGCACCUGUACAAGUACAGUGGCACGGACAAGUCUCUCGUCUCGAAAUACAUCCUCGGCCCCUACUGGAACUGGCUCGUCACGCUCUUCCCCACGUCGGUCGCGCCCAACACCAUCACACUCUCAGGUCUGCUCUUGGUGGUGCUCAACUUCGCGACACUCGCCUAUGUCGAUCCGGGCCUGCAGUGCGCUACGCAGCUCAAGCUGGAUCCCGCAGCACACACGGCCGCGCUCCACUCUGCCUUCCCCUCGGAUGUCUCGCUGAUGCCCGUCAACCCGCUGUUUGCCAACUUUGCCAUCCCGGGCGCGGCGGCCAAGAUCGAUUUCGCGCCCAAGGCACAUGUAGCAGGGAGGUGCUUGCCGCCGUGGGUGUUUUACACAUGGGCGCUGUGCCUGUUUGCGUACCAGAGCCUGGAUGCGAUCGAUGGCAAGCAGGCGAGGCGCACGGGUAUGGCGGGCCCGUUGGGUGAGAUGUUCGAUCACGGAUGCGACGCGCUCAACACGACGCUCGAGUGCGUUCUCUGCUGCGCCGCCUUGAACUUGGGCCGAUCCGUGUGGGCACCUGCCUCGCUCGUCGCGACUCUGUCCAACUUCUACCUCACGACCUGGGAGGAGUACCACACGGGCACGCUGUUCCUCUCGGCUUUCAGCGGGCCGGUCGAGGGCAUUCUCAUGAUCGUGUUCAUCUACGCCUUGACGGGCUUCGUCGGAGGACCGCUCUUCUGGGAUCGCGGCAUCCUCAACGUCCUCGGCCUCUCCAAGUUCGACUUUGUCCAAAGCCACCUGGCCCGCUUCAACCUGCCCCUCAACGACGCGUUUCUGACGUUUGCGCUCCUCGGUCUGCUGUCCAACAUCGCGGGCUCCUACUCGAACGUCGUCGCCGCCCGCAAGGCCCGCGGGCAGUCCGCGCUCACCCCGCUCCUCGGCCUCGCCCCGCUCAUCGUGCAAACCGCCGCCAACUGCUUCUGGAUCAACGCCAACCGCGCCUUUAUCCUCGCCGACCCCCGCGCCCUCCUCCCCUUCCUCUCGUACUGGGGUGUCACGUUCGCGUACAACGUAGGCCUGCUCAUCGUCGCACACGUCACCAAGGCUCCCUUCCCCUACUGGAACGUCGGCAUCGUCUGGUCCCUCGUGUUGGCCCUGGACGCCAACUUGGCCAAUUCGUACCUGCAGACGAACCCGCAGAGGCAGCUGCAGGUCAUCUGGGCCAGCCUGGGCCUCGCGGCAGUGCUGUAUGUGCAUUUCUGCUGGAAGGUCAUCACGACGAUCACGCGCGAGUUGGGCAUGGCUUGCUUUGUGGUCAAACCGCCGACGAAUCUGAAGCCGCCCAAAAAGGACCAGUAG